AUGCAGGAAGACUUCAAAGGUUCGAAGGCCAAUGCCGACAUCACUUUUGAGUCUGCGACGGAAGAUGAGACCGAUUCCGUGCCCAAGGGGUCAACUCACGUCUUGGACACAGCUGAAGACAUCGUUGAUCAAAUCCUCGAUACCGAAGACGAUCCAACUGAGAAGGCAUUGACGUUCCGAACUUGGUUCCUGGGCAUUGGCCUUUCGAUCUUCGCCUCAGUCCUCCAGGAAAUCUUCUACUUCAAGCCGCAAACCAUCUUUGUUUCCCUGGUCUUCUUGACUGUCAUAGCCUACGUUCUCGGAGAUGCAAUGGCCUAUGCCAUCCCUCGCAAAGGCUGGCUUCGAUACCUGAAUCCUCAUGAGUUCAAACGCAAAGAGCAUGCAGCCAUUACCAUCAUGGCUUCUGCAGCAGCAGUCAGUGCUCUGGCCACCGAAGCAUUGGCUGCCCAAGCCCUUUUCUAUGGUGGAUAUCCCAGUAAAGGUGCUGGAAUCUUCAUCGUCUUGUCGUCUCAGCUUCUUGGUUUUGGUGUAGCCGGCAUGCUGCGUGACAUUCUGGUCUAUCCCACCAAGAUGUUAUGGCCCAUGACACUCCCUGUAACGACCCUACUACAAACCAUCCACAAGGACAAAGCGGAAACCAAGAAACGCAUGCGUGUUUGGUAUAUUGUGUUCUUUGCCAUUUUUUUCUGGGAGAUCCUGCCAGAAUACAUGUUCACUGUAUUGACUGGUGUCUCGAUCUUCUGUCUAGCUGAUCAACAUAACCUUGUCUUUACCAACCUCUUUGGUGGUGCUUCAGGUAACGAAGGACUCGGAUUUCUCUCUUUCUGUUUCGACUGGAACUACAUCGCAUCCUUCCAGUCUCCCCUGUGGUACCCACUUCAGACGACGGUCAAUAUGUUGAUCGUUAUCAUUGGAUGCUACAUUUUGUUCAUGGGUAUCUACUACGGCAACAUUUGGGAAUCUCAGAACUUCCCUUUCCUAUCUCAAGCACUUUACAACAGCACGUCUACUGCGAGCAACUACACAAUCUACAACCAGAGUCUUAUCUUGAACGACCGGUUUGAAAUAGACUUCGACCUACUGGCCCAAGAAGGAGUGCCUUAUCUGACUGGAAGUUACAUCGCCUAUCUGAUCACAUCAAACGCAGGACUAGCAGCUACAUUUGUAUACAUGCUGUUGUGGAACUGGAAUGACCUCAAGGCGGCCUGGACGUGGGCCCAUCCUCGUAACUUGUCCAAGUUGCUCGACCCCAACACAUAUAUGUUUUGGCGCAACCAAGAGACUCCGGAAGAGCGCAUGAAGCGCAAGAUCGAUGACCCUGAUCUAGAUCCUCACUACAAAGUCAUGUUACUCGGCAGGUAUCGCGAGGUACCGAUGUGGUGGUGGGCUGCUGUCAUGGUGAUCAGCUGGGUGGUUGGUAUCAUCUGCCUCUAUUCGAUCAAGUCGACCCUUCCUGGCUGGGGCUAUCUGCUUGCACUGAUACUCACCUUUGUUUUCACGCUAUUCUUUGGCGCUCAGUCAGGUAUCACAGGAUUUGGCUUCAACAUUCAGCCCAUUUGUCAGAUGCUUGCAGGCUACCUCUUCCCUGGUCGUCCCCUUGCGAACUUCUAUUUCACUUGCUUUACAUACAACACUUCGUCCCAAGCUACACUGCUUGGAAAGGAUCUGAGGUUGGCCCAGCAGAACCAUAUCUCGCCCCGCAUAACCUUCAUUCUGCAGAUAACUGGCUGUCUUGUGGGUGGUAUCUUCAACUGGGUGAUGAUGGACAGCAUCGUCAAGAACCAAGCACCAAUCUUGACAUCAAUUCAAGGCACAAACAUCUGGUCCGGUCAGAACGUCCAACAGUUCAAUACUCUUGCGAUUGCGUGGAGUAUUGCAUCCAAGAUGUUCAGUGUGGGUUCGCGCUAUGAGUGGGUGACACUAUCCUACUUCAUUGGCUUCAUUGUUCCUCUCCCUACAUACAUCGCCUAUCGCUACACCAAGAACCCGGCUUGGGGUUAUCUUAACCCAUCUAUCAUCCUCUGGUACAUGGGCAACUUGUUCGUCGGCAUCAACAGUUCGCUCACCAUGUUCUUCGUUCUUGCUUUCAUCAGUCAGUUCUGGAUCCGCAAGUACCACCCUCAGCUGUUUGUCAAGUACAACUAUCUUGUCUCUGCAGCCAUGGACGGAGGUACGCAGGUCAUGGUGUUCAUCCUUACCUUCGCGGUUGCGGGUGGUAGUGGUAAAGCCCAUCCAUUCCCCACUUGGGCCGGUAAUCCGAAUCUGAGCGUACACAACGCUGAUUACUGCAUGGUCAACCCAGCCAACAAUGGUUAG